AUGAUCCUCGGCCGUAUCAAGGCCUGCCAGAUGGCGGCGAGGGUGGAGGCGACGCUCUACAAGGAGAAGGAGUUGGGCAUCAUGCGGGAAAUCUCGGUGGUCCGCUCGGAGGUGCGGGUCAUGGUCCGCACCAAGAAUCAGAGGGACAUCAAUGAUUGCGCCGACCGUCGACGUGGCACCAUCGGCGACACGUACACCGCCGAACAGUUCCGCCAGAUCAUGACGAGGGUGCUGCCGGCUUGGGCGGCGUCGGCAUGGUGCCCGCGGUUUACCACUCCUUCGCAGACGCUGUGGAGGUUUCUUCUCGUCAAGGUGCUCACGCUGCUCUCCCACCACAGCCUCAUGCGCGGUGCAAGCAUCUGCGAGAUAACGCUCCCCGACAUCUUCUUGUACCGACUGGCGAGCACCUCUUCGGUGAACCCGGAAAACCAGCCGGUCGUCAUGGUCGUAGCCGCUCGGAACUCGAAGACAUCGAAGGAUGCGCGUCUUCAGCAGAGCUACGCGGCGCGGCACCUCGAGGCGGAGUUGUGCGCCGUCGGCGAGACCGGCCUGUGGUUACACUUCAUCCUCGACCAGAUCGGCCAGUUUCACGGCGUCGACCUCACUCCGCCGGUCGACACCAGCACACGCGAGCGCUGGUACAAGAAGCACCUUUUCUUCGCCCGCAACGACCCCGAGCAGCACGAACUCCCAGCUCCCAGCCACCAGCGAUGGAUGAGGCAGAUGUGGAAGACGAACGGGGUGUUCUGCAAGCGGAACGUCCAUGCCGCUCGGGCUGGCGGGGCGCAGGAGCUGGCCAUCGGCGGUACGUCUCGCACCGAGAUAGCCGAGCUGGGUCGCGACAAGAUGACUCGAGCCUACAUCACAGCCAUUCCCGUCGGCGUGGUGAUGAAGAAUGCCGGCUAUUCUGGUUUCACGCAGGACUACUUCUUGGGUCGCAGCAGGGUGGAACCCACGCCCGAACUCCUGGAUCUCAUCGCCGAGCACAUAUUCCCCGGCGUGGACGACCUCCUUAAGAAGGCGGAAGAGCUCGCUAAGAAGGGGUCCGACGCCGACAUUGCCGCCGUGCAUUUCUGGCGUACCCUCCUGAUGUUUCGCCGCAUUGUCGCCGAGGACCUCGCUGUAAAACUCGUCCGCACCCCUUGGCACCCGUACGUCCAGUACUCCAAGCUCUGCCGGAUUCCCCUCUUCCAGCACUGGGCGAAGAGGGUCGAGAAAACCGGCACCGAGACCAUAAAAAAGCGGCAAGACCCAACCCUCAUCCAGCCAGAGGAGAUAUUGCUCCGCCAUGACGCCAAGUACGCGGUCGUCUCCCUCACAGAGACGCUUAAGCUCGAGAGGGAGCGGUCAGCGGUCGAGAAGAUCGACCUCGAGGAGAAGAUCGACAUGCGCGACGCAACCAUCGCGUCGCUGACGGCCGAGAUAACCCGCCUCACCGAGGCUCUCCGCGUUUCAGAAACCCGUAGGAUGCCGGAGGCGCCGCCAGCUGCGAACGAGCAGUCGCCGAGCGACGGUGGCUCCGCAGACUCGGCAAGCAAGGGUGACGGAGCCAAGAAACCCCCUAAACCCCCACAGACGGUCGAGGAGGCUAGCUACGAGCUCAACGUGGUGCAGCCUUGGCGGAAUGCAACGACCGUGAGGGACGCGUGGCGCCUCUGGACCUCGUGCACCAGCGGCGACACCCGUCGUCUGUGCGAGAGGUUCACCGAGCCGGGUUUCGUCGACCGCCACACCCUCCUUGACGGUGCCUCGCAGGGAGCACUCGGGAAGAGGGUGCGCCGCAUGAUGAAGGUCAUCGAUGCGGUGCGCCACAUGAUGAAGGUCAUCGAUGCGGUGCGCCAUCUUCGCCUGAGCGACGGCGAAGCCGACACGGAGGAGGUGGUCGACGCGCUUAACAAGAUAGCGGCGCCUGGCAUUGGGACCUUCUCGGAUGCCCUAACGGUGCUCAACGCCGACACAGUCGCGACUUUUGCCGGUCCGGGUAAGGGCGUCAAGGGGCUCGGCAAAGGUCAGGUUUCCAAGCUUCGUGUAGCCUGUGCGUUCGUGGCGCGCGGGUUCAAGCCGGAAAAGUGGGUCGCCGACCUGUUCCCUGACACCUGGGAGGAGCAGAUGAAGGUGACGUUGGCCGACAUGGCCCGCGAGAACGACGCCGGGCAGCUGCCUCCAACCAAGCAAUCGGCCAAGCGCAAGAAGACCGCGUAA